AUGGGGGGGUUACUCUCAGCGUUGAUGGACGGGCGGGACAAGCUGUCCCGGGGUCCGCACCCGUUUCUCACCGGAAACAGGGCGCCGCAGACCGUGACCGUGCCUGGAACCGAGACGGCGACAACGUCUGCCGUUUACCGUCACAGCCGCACCGGUGGCGCGGAGACGCACAAGCGGCUGGCGGAGGAAUACUACACACAGAAAAAUUGCGUGCAGAAGCUUGAGGAGCAGUGCGAAAAAUUAGGCACUCGCUCCGCCGUCGCCUACCGCCCGCUGGAGAAGGUAGAGCGUCGCCCCACGCGCAAUGCAGAGGGGAAGGAGUGCAUGUUCGAAUACUACCACUACCGCGAGCGCCAGGAGGUGUCGUACGCGAAGCUGUGGGAGUACAUCGUCGCCUUCGGCGCGGGGUUGUGCGAGCUUGGGUUGUCGCCGCGGAGCCUUGUCACGAUCUACGAGGAAACGCGAUGGGAGUGGCUUGUGUCAAUCUAUGGCAUCUGGACGCACAACCUGGUCGCCGCGACGGUCUACGCCAAACUUGGCGAGGACGCCUUGACCUACGCCCUCUGCGAGACGAACUCGGUCGCCAUCAUCUGCAGCAGCCGGACACUAAAGUCCAUCGUCCCGCUGCUUCGGGCGCAGGACCUCCACCCCAUCAUUGUGUGCCUCGACGGCCUCCCCGUGGACGUGGACACGGGCGGCUACCGCGUCGUUGCGUGGACGGAGGUCGUGGAAAAGGGGGCGGCUUCCCGGCGUCCCGCCGAAGUUCCGACCGACAACGAUAUUGAGGCGCUAGUUAUGUAUACAAGCGGCACCUCUGGCGACCCGAAGGGCGUCGUGCACACCCACGGCUCUAUAACUGCGGGCAUCAGCGCCCUCGCUGAGCGACUGAGCGACAUUUACCACUCGACAUCGGAGGACGAGACUUACUGCGCCUUUCUGCCGCUUGCACACAUUCUCGAGUUCGGUAUUGUAAACAUCUUCCUGCAGCGGGGCAGUUUGGUGGGGUUCAGCAACACCCGCACCCUCACCGACGAAUUUGCCAUUCCGCACGGGGACUUCAAGGAGUUUUCCCCCAGCAUUAUCAUUGGUGUGCCGCGCAUCUUUGAUUCCAUCAAGAAGGCUGUGGAGAAGAAGAUUCCGCCACCGAAUAGCUUCAAGCGAAGGAUAUUUGACAGGGCGUUCGCCUCACGCCUGGACGCACUCAAGAAGGAAUUCAACACGCCGUACUGGAACAAGGCGGUAUUCAAAGAUGCACCCAAGUUGCUGGGGGGAAAGGUAUUCUCAAUGCUGUGCGGCGGCGGCCCACUUGGCGCUGAGGCACAGGAAUUUCUUGAUGUCUGCUUGGGCGGUCCGAUACUGAUUCAGGGAUGGGGCCUCACAGAGACGGUGUGCUGCGGCGCGACGCAGCGUCUGGAUUACAUUGCGACGGACGACGUUGGGCAGCUGCUUGUGACUGCAGAAAUGAAGCUGCUUGACGUGGAGGAGUACAGACACACCGACACGCCGGAGCCGCGGGGGGAGAUUCUGCUGCGUGGCCCGUUUCUCUUCAAGGGGUACUACAGGCAGGAGCAACUCACGCGGGAGGCCAUCGACGAGGAGGGGUGGUUCCACACAGGGGACGUGGGCAGCAUCACGGCGGACGGUAGCUUGCGCAUCAUUGGCCGUGUGAAGGCGCUGGCGAAGAAUGUGCUGGGCGAGUACAUCGCGCUGGAGGCGCUGGAGGCGCUGUACACCCAAAACAGUUUCUGUACUCCUGGUGGUGUUUGUGUGCUUGUCCAUCCCGCCCGUGCCUACAUUUGCGCGUUGGUGUUGGCGGACGAGGCAAAGGCGGAGGCCUUUGCAAAAAAGAAUGGUUUGCGGGGUUCGCUGGAGGAGCUGCUGAAGAACGAGGGAUUUCAUGCCAAGGUGGCCCAGUCGCUGGCUGCCACUGCGAAGGAGGCGGGGCGCAUGCCGUUCGAAACCGUGCGAUAUGUUCGUGUGCUGGCCGAUGAGUGGACGCCUGAAAACACUCUUGUGACGCCUACGUCGAAGCUGCGUCGGGCCAACAUUGAGAAGCGCUACGCGGACGUCAUUGCGCAGCUUUUUUGCAAUGAACGAUGA